AUGAAAGCAAAGGUUCCUUCCGGUCUGGUGGUCACCGACAACGCCCUUACAGAUGAUCAACCUUCCACCAAUGUUGCUCCUUCCAUAGUGGACUUCCCUUUCCUUCGUCAGUCACAUUCAAGUCAUCUUUCUGAUGCCGAUUUUCAUUCUCGUUUAUCCAACUCUUUUAUGAAAGAUAACGACCAUGUGUUUUCUCUGUCUGAUUAUGAGUCAGACCUUUUCGUGGACUUUGCUGUCAACAAAGAAGUAUCUCUGCCUAAAAAUGUUGAAACUUCUGCAGACAACCAUGGUCAUGUUAUAAAAGGUGCUGAUGUUUCCCAAAACCAAACAAUCAUUUUGAGUGAUUCUCCCUCUUCUUCUAAGAGCCAUGUUCUCUCUCUGGAAGAUAUGUCCCUUCCUCUCUUGAAGAAGAAGUUGGAUGGAGAUUUUUCGAGGAACAAGACUUCGCUGGACAAAGUUGACCUCCGACGCCAGUUAGUCGAGGUUAAAGUCGAGAAUCAAGGCCUUGUGUCUUCAGGGCAAGAGGCAACCAAUGUGAGUCUAAGCUAUGAGAAAAUCAAUGUUCUGGAGGAAAAGGUUUGGGCGUUAGAGAAAGAGAAUCAGAGUUUAAUCAAGAAGUUGGAGUCUGAGGUCCGGGUUUUGGUACAAGAGAAAGAGAAGAUUGAGACAACUCUUAGAGAACUUGAUCGAUGCCGAUCUCAGUCGCAUAGCUAUCCAUCCGACCUCAAAUGGUUGCUAAGGGAGGGUAUCCCGAGGUCUUUAGUCCAUCUUCUCCGUUCUCCUGAAUAUGGUCAAACAAAUGUUAAAGCUCAAUCCGCCUGCAUUCAAUAUGUCCUUCACAAGGGAAAUGGUGGCGGAGGAGUUUUUCUUUUUGAAGGAUUUGAAGUAGGGCCGAGUGGGUGUGGCCGAGCUGAAGCAACUGAUGUUGGCUCAGGAUUUCCAGGGGUAGCUAGUUGGCGUGUCGGUGGGACCGCUAUGCGCAGUAUCUCUCUCUCUCUCUCACCAGACCAACUUCCCCCUCUCCCCAUCUUCUUCAUUUACAGUCAAGAACACCCCACCGGAGGUGGAGCUGUUUUCCGGCCACCAAGAACACCGCUGCCAACCACACCUGCCACCACUCACACUCCACCAUCUUUGAAUCACAUUCUCAACCCCAAAUUAAAACUCGGAGGAAUGGUGGGUUGCAGGUGGAUGACUGCAGCGACGAUGGCGGACUGCAACGGCGGUGGAAGGGCAGCAACGACGAUGGGUGGCUGCGGUUGGUGGCUGUGGGCGGCCUUGCUGCUUCAUUUCUAUUGGCGGAUGCUCGACGAGGGACCAAGACGAAACAUCGGCGACGAUGGCGUUUGGUGGUGGUGCAUUAUGACAGGAUGGAGGCGUUUGGUGGGUGGUGAAGUGGGUUUUGCCAACAGUCACAGCGGUGGUGGGUGGUGA